GUUGUUGCACGUGCGCGUGAGCGGGCGGAGCUCUUGCAUCGGCGGCGGCAGCAGCUCUGGUGCGUUCGGUGUUUGCAUCGUUGGGCGCCGGGACAUGAACCACAAUUUCAACUGUUUGGGAAGUGCGCUCUAACAUGUAACUUUAUUGAAUCAAGUGUACAUUUGUGGUUUGUCCAAGCAAGCUUUGGUCAUUAAUAAACCGCGGUGUUGUCUGGCAGGGAAGGACCACUUCGUGUUCUGACUUUUAAUACUGCUUUUUUGUAGAAAGGAAGUUAAAGUCUUGACGGCAGUAGAAAUGUCUCAGAAUGUGGUUGUUAGAGUGGCCCACUUGCCUCUUUUCAAUACAGCCUACAAUAUGGUAACCUCUGUAUAUAACAGCACAAAGGUGAAUCACCCCUACCUGAGGUCCUUGUGUGAAGCAACAGAGAAAGGUGUGAUGGCCAUUACAGCUGUAGCUGUCACCAGUGCUAUGCCAAUUUUCCAGAAGCUGGAACCACAAAUUACAUUUGCAAAUGACUAUGCCUGCAAAGGACUAGACAAAAUGGAAAAGAAACUGCCUUUCCUCCACCACUCCUCCAACCAGAUUAUUGCUAAUGCAAAGGAUGUGGUCUCUACCAAAGUGUCUGGUGCAAGGGAGAUUUUUGCAAACACAGUUUCUGGGGUGGUGGACAAGACAAAGGAAACGGUCCAUGAAAGUGUGGAAAUGACCAUGGCUAUAGUGAACAGCAGUUUGAACCACGUGCUUGAGCUGCAUGUGGUUAAGAUGUUGAACAGUCGAGUAAAUUCUGCCUUGGCCAGCUCUGAAAUGCUUGUGGACCGCUACCUUCCACUGACUGAAAACGAGCAAGCUACAGAGGCAAAGAGAAUUGAUGGUUUUGAAGGUCUGGCACCAAGUUAUUAUAGGAGAUUGGAAUCACUUUCUACUAAAGUAUGGCAGCAAGCUUAUGAACAAGCCACAAUCGCAAUCCUCAAUGCUAAGCAACAAAGUCAAGAGGUGCUCUCUCAGCUCCGCUAUAACCUUGAUCUGAUUGAGUAUGUCAGAAGGAACAUAAGUACAACAAAUCGAAUGAUCAAUGAUGCCUGGGACAAGCUAUACCAGAAAUUGGUUGAAUGGAAAACGUCUAAUUUGGAAUGUGAAGGCUGUGAAUCUGAUGUGGCAGAAAAUCCGAGUCAACAAAUGCAGACUGGCCGUGUCAUGCUUGUAAGCUGUGUUUGGGGUUUACCACAGAAUAUUCAAGAUCAAGUUCAGUGCAUAACUGUAUCAGCUAUGGAAAUGUAUAUGAUGUCAAGAACUUCUUUCAAAGAACUUCCUAACCAGAUCUUCUCCACAAACAAAGAUCAACUAACUAAAACGAAGAACUUGUUGGAUGGACUAGUGGAUUAUCUGGUCAACAACACUCCUCUGAAUUGGCUGGUAGGUCCCUUUUACCCACAGCUGACUGGAUCCCAGCAUCCUGAUCAGGAAGUGAAGACCGACAUCACUGAGGAACAACAAUUGGAGCAGAUGCACAGUUGUGGUGAUUGAACAUCUUUACCUGUUUGUUGCAAUAUCAUGCUUAACCAUGUGAUUGCAUUAUUUUUUCCAAAUAACAAAUGGUACAUUAUGUAAUACAAAUGAAUGUUUGUGGUAUUUCUCUUGCUUUGGGCAACUUCUUUAAAUUUGCAUUUCAUACACACAGUAAAUUCUUCAUAAGCA